GAGGUGUAUCCUGUCCCUUACCUUGUUUGGGGGCUCUGAGUCCACUUCUGUUGUCUUCAGCUUAAUCAGACAGACAGCAUGGAGGCACCUCCAGUCACCAUGAUGCCUGUCACUGGGGGCACCAUUAACAUGAUGGAGUACCUGCUUCAAGGUAGUGUUUUAGAUCACAGCUUGGAAAGCCUUAUCCACCGCCUUCGUGGUUUGUGUGACAACAUGGAACCUGAGACUUUCCUUGACCAUGAGAUGGUAUUCCUCCUUAAGGGCCAGCAGGCCAGCCCAUUUGUUCUAAGGGCUCGGCGCUCUAUGGAUAGGACAGGGGCACCCUGGCACUUGCGCUACCUGGGGCAACCAGAAAUGGGAGACAAGAACCGCCAUGCCCUGGUGCGAAACUGCGUGGACAUUGCCACGUCUGAGAACCUCACUGACUUCCUGAUGGAAAUGGGCUUCCGCAUGGACCAUGAGUUUGUUGCCAAGGGACACUUGUUCCGUAAGGGCAUCAUGAAGAUUAUGGUGUACAAGAUUUUCCGCAUCCUGGUGCCAGGAAACACAGACAGCACUGAGGCCUUGUCACUGUCCUAUCUUGUGGAACUAAGUGUUGUUGCACCAGCUGGGCAGGACAUGGUCUCUGAUGACAUGAGGAACUUUGCCGAGCAGCUGAAACCCCUGGUUCAUCUAGAGAAGAUAGACCCCAAAAGGCUCAUGUGAGCUCAUGUGACUAAGAGGAGCAGUCCACCCUGUCCUCACCUAUUACAAAAAAGAAG